AUGCUCUCCUCAGGCGUGCCUGCGGCGCUGCCGGCCUUGUGCGUGGCGCUGAUCGCUGGCCUUGGCUGGCGGACGAGCUCACCUCAGCCCGUGCCCGAGCCACCGAGGGAGACCCCCGUGUGGCUCGACGGGGUCGCCGACGCCUGCAUCGAGGCCUCGUCGGCGGCGCUGCGUGCCGAGGCCGCGGCUCGGGCGAUCUCGGAGCUGGCGGCCGCGUCGCCACCGCCGCCGCCGCCGCCGGGGGGCGGCGGCUGCGUCUGCCCCGAGGUGGGCGACGGACCGAGCGCCGCGGCGCUGGGCCUGCACUUGGUGGUGAGCCUCCUCUCGCCUGUGUGGAUCUCGCUGGCGGACAGCGGCGCUCGUGCACGGGUGAGCUAUGACGGCGACAUCAUGGACCAUGAGCGCGUCGUGGUGUGGCCCUCGCGGCGUGUCGAGGAUGGCGAGCUGGUGGACCCUCACGUCUACUGGGUCCUCUCGCCGGACGGCGACCUGUGGGAGGAGCUGCUCUCGGGGGCCUCACCUGCUGAUGGCCCCUCGGGUGGCGAGCGCCUCGCCAACGGGGGUGCCCCGCCUGCUGACGGCCGGAAGCUCUACAGCUUCCGCGAGCGGCCAUCCCUCGCCAGGCUCGUGGAGCUAGCCGACGAGUGCCGUGUGGCGAUGGAGGCCCGCGGGCAGGUCGCCGCCGACGGCCCCGCCCAGGUGGAGCUCGCCUCAGGCAGACUGCUGGAAGGCGGAGACGUCUUCCCAUGGGCCGGGCCGGCACGACCGCCGCACCGCCUCCGCGGGAAGCAGGCGUUGCCAGUCACCGACGGGGGAGUGGGAGGCGCCCUGGCUGACGCCGCCGCAGGCUCACCCACUCCCCCUCCUGAGGGACACGUCUGGGCGCUGGCCGAGCCCGUGCCCGACCUGGACAUCGGCACGAUCGUCGACCCGACGAGCGAGACGCUCAUCGGCGCUGGGGUGGACGCCCUCUGGCUUCGACGGGGCAGGGCGCUGCGUCUGGAGCUGAUGCCGCGAGGCGACGUGGCGAGCUGGAAGUCGCGCCGUGUCGCCGAGCUGAGUCGCCUGCUGGAGGUGGCAGCUCCUGUGGCGGCGCCCGGCUCCCCCCCGCCUGACGGUGCCCUGGAGGCCGCCGCCGCCAGUGGCGCGGAGGGUCCUCCUGGCCCAGAUGGUGCUCCGUCGGCUGUCGCUCUGGCUGACGCCGCUAGCGAUGACACCCGCACUCUCUGGGUCGAGUGGGACGACCAGGGUGAGCGCUACAAGGAGUUCAGGAAGGCCGUGAACGAGUCGUUGAGCUACGACUGGGGCCACCAGCGCUUGGAGGGGGGCCUGACGUGCUUGCGCACCUGCAAGAUGAUGUACCGCACGGCGCUCGAGGAGGCCGGGUGCUUCGACCAGGUCAACCUGGGGGGGUUGGCCUGCCUGGAGGUGAUCGUGCGCCGGCUCAACGCGAUCGUGGACGCCUACAAGCGCGCGGGUGCCCCCUCGUUCGCCGACGCCAAGUACUUGGCUCCUCUGGGCGAGGCGGACGAGCUGAUGGCGCCCUCGCUGAGGAACCACGUCUCCCGCCGCGCCAAGGAGGACUGGGAGGUCGAGCAGUCUAUGAAGAAGGCCGAGGCGGUGGAUGCUCGGGUGGCCGCCCACCAUGGCGCAGAGGGUGCCACCACAGGGGCCGGCGGCGGGGUGGAAUUGGUGAAUCGCGCCCUCCGCAGCUUGAACUGGCUGGCGGGCUUCAAGGGCGCGGUCGCUUCACCGAGUCCAGGCGCGUCAACCCUGGACAAGCAUGCAGCCCUUCAGCAGCACCUGCUCCGUGAAGCUCAUCGGCGUCAGGCCGCAGCUCCGGAGGUGAUGCCGAAGGCGGAGGCAGCCCUGCGGGAGCUGCUCCGGGGGCAGUCCGUAUACGAGACGGACUCUGCCCCAAGGAACCUCGUCUCCUACCAGCCCGGCAAGGUCUCGCUGCCUGAUAGCGUGCUGGGCUGCCGCUUCAUCGAGGACAUCGUGAGCCCUGGGUGCCGCUCUUUCCUGGAGGAGAAUCACAAGCGAAUGAGGUUGGAGCCGGAGACAGUGGACUUCGACAGCAUGCCGCGGUUGUACAUGGACCCAGUGCUGAAGAGGCUUCUGGACGCCUUCACUGUCUACGUGGCCACCACCGACGUGAAGGACUGCUUCUACCGCAUGCGCGUCCGCGAGGACCUCGGCCGCUACUUCUGCCUUCCCGCCGUCCCGAAGCACGUGUUCGACGGGAUUCAGGUGACCGGCGUCCCUGGGGAUGCCCCGCCGGAUGCCCCUGUGCGGGCAAUGCCAGCCGGCAGACACCAGCCCUUGAUUCAGGACCAGGUCGAGGCGUUUGUGUUGCGGGCCGCCUCGCGCGGGGUCGGAGGGGCUUACGUGCACGUGGACAACCUUGGCGCCGUCUCGGACGAUGCCGACCUCGGUGACAGGAUGGUCUCCGAGUGGAGCGAUCUGUUCGAGCCGGUCGGCCUGGCGCUCCACAAGUCGGAGUCCCACGGCGGCGCAGGUGAGGCUCUCGGCACGGAGCUCGACGGCACCCGCCUCCGCUCGGGGAUCACCUCGAGCCGGUUUUGGAAGCUCGAGCGGGGCCUGACUGGCCUCCUCGCUCGGGGCCGCUGCAGCGGCCAGGCGCUUGAAAAAGUGAUCGGACAUUGCACCUUCUGCGGUCUGGCUGCCCGUGAGUCCCUUUCUAUCUUCCACACCGUCUAUAAGUUCAUUUCGGUCCAGUAUUUUGACGUGGGCUCGAUGUGGCCCGAAGUGGUCGAGGGCAUUCUGGUGCUGGAGGCCCGGGCCUUGGUGAAGGCCAUCCGUAGGCUCGCCAGGACCAGAUAUGGGUCCUGCGUCAGACAGCUUUUCUGGUGUGACAACAUGGCCGUCGUUCUUGCUUUCGCUCGCUCGCGGAGUCAGGACUUCAAGCUCCUAGUCCAGAUUCGGCGCUUCAGCGCCUAUGCCCUUGCCCUUGGCAUCGCCCCGUACUUUAGUCAGGCCCUCCUCGCUUCCGUCCCCGAAGAGUCUGUCCCGACGGAUGCGCGCGCGGGCUCUGCGGCCGCCGCGGGCGCCAUCGCGGGCGAGUCCCCCAGCGUCGUCGCGGGCGCUGCCGCGGCCUGGACAGGGGGCCCUGGCGCCCGCUCGGUCAAGGCGCGCCUGGAGAGCCGCCCUCGCCAGCCGCCGUUGCCGCCCUCUGUGACGCUCGAGGACCUCGCUCCCGCGGACGACGCUGGCGACGACGUGGCGGGCGCCGGGGAGGGGGGCGAGUCGAGUGGGUCCGACAGCUUAGUGAACCACGCGACUGCGGCCGCAAGGAGGUCUCGGCGCCUCCAGGACUCCCGACGCCGGCGCCGUGCGGCCCUUUACACGGACAUGAUUAUGCAGACCGCAGCUGGCGGGCCCACCUUGCUGGAGCGACUGGCAGUGACUCGCCGGACGAGGGAGCGCUAUGCCAAAUAUCUCGAUCGUUUCUACUUGCAUGCCGACCUGACCGACGACGAGCUCGUGAGGAGCUCGGACGAGACCGUGGAUCGUUGGGUGUGCGACUACUUCACCGCGAUGUACCUGUCCGGGGAGCAGAGCAGCCUGGGAGACCAGACUGGUGCCGCCCUCAUCGACCGACACCCGGCCUUUGGCCGACGGGGUGGAAGAGCCUUGCCGCGGACGUGGCGAGCGCUCAAGGCGUGGAGGCGGCUGACGCCCUCGCGCACCCGCCGAGCGCUGCCGCUCGCCGUGUGGUCGGCAGUGAUGUGGCGUCUGGUGGACAAGGGCCUCCCGUUCAUGGCCCUGUUCCUCGCCGUAUGCCUCUCUGCCUACUCGAGGCCCUCUUCUCUGCUGGCAGCUCGGAAGUGCGACCUGGUCCCGCCUUCGCGUGCUACAGUGGACAGCUGGGGCCUCCUAACGCACCCAGAGGAGGAAGGCCGACCGAGCAAGACGAAUCGCUACGACGAGGGCUGCCUCCUGGACUCGAGCUACCUUCGGGGGCUGGGUCCGCUGUUCGCCGAGCUCCGAGGGCACGGAGACAGGACCAAGCUGUGGCCCUUCACGUACCUGGAGCUCUCGCAAGCGGUGCAGCUGGCGGCGGCCGAGAUCGGGGCUGGCAAACUGACACUGUACCAACUCCGCCACUCAGGCGCGAGCAUCGACGCCAGCAGACGCACUCGCAGCCUAGAGGAGAUUCGGAGGCGCGGCUGCUGGGCCCAGGCGAAAAGCAUGCACCGUUACGAGCACAGCAGCCGCCUGAGCGCCGAGUACGAGCGCUUUCCCGCGGACCAGAGGCGCCUGUACGAGGCGUGCGAGGUCCAUCUGAUGAGGAUCAUGCUCGGCCAUGCUCACCCAGUCCGGUUCAGCCAUCGAAUGCUGACCUGGCAGUCGCGCGUGCCAAGCUGA